AUGGCGGCGGUGAUGCGGUGCGCGAUGCCGACGCGCGAUCGCGCGGGCGCGCGAACACGCGCGGGGAUUCGCGCGCGACGCGACGGCGGCGCGGCGAUGCGGGCGGCGCGCGUCGCGGGAGGGGCGCGAGGGGAGACAGCGCGCGCGAUCGGGGCGCACGGCGCGAUCGGGGCGAUCGGGGGGGUGGGCGGGACGGCGGCGCGCGGGACGGCGCGAGGGGCGCGAGGGCGAGCGGCGAGCGACGCGGCGAGCGCGGGAUCGUCGUAUUGGAGCGAGGAGACGUCGAGGGAGACGGAAACGGUCGUGGAGACGACGACGGGGGGGGUGAAGGCGACGAUGACGUUCGCGGCGACGGAGGAGGAGGAGGAGGACGAGGGCGCGGGCGCGGGGAAGCGAGCGCUCGGUUUGGCGGCGUUCGCCGCGGUCGUCGCGGCGUUUGCGUACAGCGAUGUCAGCGCGAGCUUUCCGUUUUUAGCGCCGGCGCAGACGCUGGCGAGAGCGUUGGUCGAUAUGGUGGCGGCGGGGGUUGAUUAUUUCGUCGACGUUACGCUCGACGCGUACGACGCCGCCAUUUUGGGAUGCAUCAACGUGUUCUCUUGGUUUCAAUCGUUCCUGCUGACGCCGGGUGGAGUGAUCGAGAACGGUGCGAAGGCGUCGUCGGCCGUCAUGGCCGAUCCGAGCACGUUCGUGUCCAAGGCGGUUGGCUUGUUGUGCGCCAAGCCGUUCAUGUCAAUCGCGGCGGUGUUGUUGACGCUGUCUCGAGUCGUCGCGUCGUGGACGUUUGCCGCGGCUGAGUACGCGUGCGCGCUUUUGUACGCUAUGCCGGUUUACGUCUUCACGCCGACGGCGGUUUUGGCGUACUUGUACUUCAAGAAGCGGUCCAUCGAAAAGGUUGAGAUCGAGAAGGUGAAGUCGACCAGGAAGAUGGCCAAGGCGAAAGCCAAAGCGGCGACCAUCGUGUCCACUGGCUCCGCCACGGGAGCGAGUGCGAAGUGGGCCGAGCGCCUCGCCGCGGGAACGACGAGCCUUGAAUCGUUCACGGCAUCGGCGACGCGCUCGUCUGACGUGACUGUCAUCGAUUCGUCGAGCGACUUUUCGUAUUCGAGCUCGAGCUCGUACGCGAACGACGCCUCGUCCACGCCCAUCGUGGCCACACCGGUCAACUACGAUUCUUACUCUAGCAGCUCGUCGAGCGCGAGCGCGAGCGCGAGCUUGUCAGGUUUCACCGGUGUGUACGAUUUCGAGGAAUCGUAUGCCAAUCGCGAGGCGUUGAUGGGUGGCUACAACAUCGAUCAGGCGGAAGUCGAGCGUCUCUACGCCGAGUUGAUGCCGAAGGAUGCCGGUAUUCCGCUUCCGACCUUGACGGUGACUGAAAAGGUCGAUGACACGGCUGAAACGAAGUUCAUGGAACAGGCGAGCAGCGUGGCCACGGCGACGAAGGAGGAAGUGAAAUCGACCUCGAGCGCGGCGGCGGCCAAGGCGGUGGACACGAAGACCGAAGCGGUAGUGAAGGCUGAGGUGAAGCCGACGCCGGUCACGCCGGUGAAGACAUCUUCCUCGUCUUCGACGUCGACGACGACGACUUCGACGACUUCGACGUCGACGGCGAGCGCGAGCGGCACGAAGGAAGUGAAAAAGGGUGGUAGCAAGGAGGCGUUCCUGGGUUUCGUCGACAAGGUGAGCUCGAUUAAACCAGAGGACGUCACGAAGGUUGUGACGGAGACCGCGAAGGUCGUGACGUCUAAAGAGAGCUUGGAUCUGGCGGCGAAACUGGCGAGUGAAGCCGCUAACAAGGUGCAGUCGUCGAUCAAGAGCGUCGACGAAGACGCGGAAUCCAAGUCGACGACGCUUCCAGGUGGUACGCGCAAAGUCUCGUCGCAAGACGACGACUUGAGCGAAGGUACGAUGAUCAAGAAGAAAAAGUAAACGCGAUUGCCUAGCU